AAUUUAAAUGACACGUAGUCAAGCAUAUUAUAAGUGAAACUUAAUCAUGAUAAGCGACAAUAUGCUUCUAGAAGAAGUGUCCUAUAGUUAAGGAUUUCUGUUCUAUCAAGAUCCAUACAGUAAACAGCUCUUUUUCUCUUUCCCAUGUUGACCAAAUAUUAUUCAACAAGUACAAAGAGCGGAUGAAGCAGAUCAAAAUAAUUCAAUUCAAUCACACCUGACACGACAGACAAAACGCCGAAUUAUUCUUGGAAGGAAGAAAAGUUUAAUUUGACAGAACGUAUUUAAUUUACAACUAGUUAAAGAUUCAAGAAUGAAGCUUCUUGUGCUCAUAGUUAUGUUUAUGAAAAUCUUCGACAAAGGAAGAUCAGACAACGAAGUGAAUGAUUGCGAAAAUAUAAAAGAAGAGAUUUGCUCUCUCUGUCUACAAAUUCCAGAAUGCUCGUGGUGCACAUCUAAGAAUUACUCACAUGGCCGAUGUAACAAAGUGACAAAACAUAUAGAACAAGGAUGUCCAAAAAACCAGACCAUCAAUCCAAAACAAAGAGUUACAUUAGUGAAUGCAAGUGACACAACAGCAAGUCAAAUCUUUCCUAGGAAAGUAAAGAUAAAAGCGCGAGUUGGCGAGCCAGUGACAUUUAAAGUGAAUGUUCGAUCAAUUGAAAACUAUCCAGUUGACCUUUACUUUUUAUUGGAUUUAUCAAAUACGAUGAAAAAUGAUCUCGGAAAUCUCAGACUUCUGGCUGGAAACUUAACAAGGAAGUUAAAGGAACUUACAAAGAGACAUAGAUUGGGAUUUGGUUCAUUUGUUGACAAAGUCAUUCCACCAUUUGUAAAGCAAGAAUUAAUAAACAAAAGUUUUAAUCCAAGCGAACGUCCACCCUUCAACUACCGACAUGAACUCGAUUUCACGGAUCAGCAACAAUUAUUCCAGGAAACAAUAAACAAUCAAACAAAUUCCAGAAGUCAAGAUCUUCCUGAAGCGUCCCUUGACGCACUUAUGCAAGUUGCUGCUUGUGAAUCAGAGCUUGGAUGGAAUCCCGUGAACACAACACGACGUAUAGUCCUCUUAGCAACUGAUGCUCCAUUUCAUUUGGCUGGAGAAGGAAGGUUCGGAGGUAUUCCCAACCCUAAUGAUGGCAAAUGUCAUCUAACCAAGAAAAGAAAUGGUGUAAAAGAGUAUCAUGGUUUGCAUCAGGAUUAUCCGACAGUAAAUCAAGUUUAUAAAAAAUUACGGGAAUCCAGAAUUCAACCUAUAUUCGCUGUUUCACAGAGCGGCAAAAAGUACUUCAAGCAAUUAGCAGAGACAUGGAGAGAUCUUGGAGCUACGUAUGAAGAACUAAGCCUUGAUUCCAAUAAUAUCAUCGAGCUUGUUGAAAGAAGUUACAAGGGUAUCGUAUCAAGAGUAUUUAUAAAAACGGAGAAUACAGAAGAUAUUGAUGUACAAUUUAAAACGGACUGCGGCAACCGUAAAAUUGGAACCAACAUUUGCCAAGGAAUAGGUCUUGGAGAAACUGUAUCGUUUAAUGUGACGCUAACAGUCAAUUCUUGCUCAGCAAAGACUUCAAGUUUUAAGAUUCUAGCCAAUGCCUUUGGAGAAGUUAUGGUGGAUGUCGACACUAUUUGUAGCUGUGGAUGUGAAGACGAUUCGGAGUACAACUCCAGUUUAUGUUCUAACAAUGGAAAUUUGACAUGUGGACAUUGUAUGUGUGAUAAUGGAAUGUACGGCAGAAGAUGCCAUUGUGAUUCACGAAAGAGUAAUCCAAGUUUAACAAAUGUAUGCAAACGUACAAAUACGAGCAAAGUGGACUGUGAGGGACAUGGUGAAUGUGAUUGCAAUGAAUGCAAAUGUCAUUCAAUUGAGAAUACAGACUCGUAUUAUUAUGGAAAAUAUUGCCAGUGCAGCGAUUUCAACUGCCACAAAUACAAAGGGGAAAUAUGCGGAGGAAAAGAAAGAGGUUCAUGCAAAUGUGGUAAAUGUGAAUGCAAAAGAAGUUAUGUGGGAUACAACUGUGGUACAAUAGACUGUUCAAUAGAAAGUGAAAAAUGUUAUAACGGAAAGGAUGAAAAAUGCAGCGGUCAUGGCAAAUGUAAUUGUGGUAAAUGUGAUUGUGAGCCAUUUUACGAAGGUGAUCAUUGUGAACGUUGCCCGACUUGCACCUAUGAAUGCGCGGAUUUGAAGAAAUGUGUGAGAUGCGAAAUUUUUGGGGAAAAAUCGCAACACAGAAAAAUAUGCGAUGACUGCCCGCAAAUGACAAUUCUCCAAUCCAUUGAUCAACUGAAGGAAUUAAAAUAUCCUGUGAUAUGCCAGGUGAAAGAUAGUGAGGGCUGUAAAUACUAUUUUACUUAUGGCGAAAGGAAAGAAGAAAACGCAACAAAAAUGUUCGUGGUUUUAAAAAAAGAUUGUCCUGAAGAGCCAGAUCUUCUCGCCAUCAUAAUUGGUGUGAUGAGUGCUAUAGUUGCAAUUGGCAUUAUGCUUUUGUUGCUUUGGAAACUUUUAACAGUAAUGGUGGAUCGCAAGGAAUACAGAAGAUUUAAAGAAGAUCGAGCAAAAUCUAGAUGGCACACAGAAAAAAAUCCACUGUACUUGUCCCCAACUCAAACUGUCUAUAAUCCAACAUACGUCGGCGGUAGAAGGCAUAAACAAUACACGACGUUAACGUAAUCACGUGGUUAAAGUUGCUACCUUCAAUAGAAACUAGUGACGUCACGUGAUGGCAAAAAUAUGAUAAAUUAUCAUAGUUUUUUCUCGUAAUUAGUCAUAUGCAAAGAAAAUAUUUUGAUAUGUGCAUAUAUACACAAAUAAGUGAAAAUUACUGUAAAAAGAAGCUGGAAUUCAUACAAAUAGCAACUACUGUACACAUCACAGAUAUAUGGCAGCACUUUGGUCUUACAUGUUAAAAGAUGAGCUUUGGCUAUUUCUAGAUCAAAAAAGUAUAUAAGUAGUAUAUAAGUAUUUAUUAUUAAAUUAAAUUAGUUAAGCACUGUAAUGUUAGAAAUAUACAUAUAUAUAUAUAUAUAUAAUUGAAAAUAAAAUAAACCACGAAUUACUUCAUAGGAAUUUAUUCCCUGCAGAACUGUUUCGUAUGGCAGUUGUUUAACUUGCCACACUCGUCAAUUUUAUUUUCAAUUAUACCGCUCUGCCGUGGCAUUGAGCACU